AUGAUUUCGAACGUCAUCAAAGGUGCAUUGAGACAGAACAGCAGAUUGAUCACCAGAAAUGUGAGUCUCGUGUCGAAAGCUGGACCAAUGAGACCAGCCCAAUUCAUGAGCAUCAGAAAGUACUCUUCUGACCACCACGAAGAAACUUUUGAGGAGUUCUCCAUUAGAUACGAGAAAGAGUUCGAUGAAGCUUACGACCUUUUUGAAGUUCAAAGAGUCUUGAACAAUUGUUUCUCGUACGACCUGGUGCCAUCUCCAGCUGUUAUCGAAAAAGCUUUAAGAGCCUGCAGAAGAGUUAACGACUACGCUACUGCCGUCAGAGUUUUCGAGGGCUUGAAACACAAAGUUGAAAACAAAGAACAGUAUCAAGCUUACCUCGAUGAGCUCAAGGAUGUCAGAGAAGAGUUGGGAAUUGAUUUGAAGGAGGAGUUGUUCAGUGCAAACUAG